AUGGCGAAAUAUAUUGCUCAAAUAAUAGUCUUAGGAGCUCAAGUCGUUGGGAGAGCAUUCGCGAGAGCUUUGAAACAAGAGUUGGCUGCAUCACAAGAAGCUGCAAAAAGAGCUGGUGGAGGUCAAGAAGGCGCUAGAAGAGCUGCUGCAAAUGCUUCAACAGGAUUAACAUUAGAAGAAGCUAUGCAAAUUCUUAAUAUUGAAAAAUUAGACCCGGAAAAAAUUAAACAGAGUUACGAACAUUUAUUUACAUCAAAUGACAAAGCUAAAGGUGGUUCCUUCUAUUUACAAUCAAAAAUUGUUCGAGCUAAAGAAAGGAUAGAUACAGAAUUAAAAAGUAGCCAAUCACAAUCAAAUCAGACACCACCUAAGGCUACUUCA